AUGUCGAAGGAAGACGAAAUCGUGGUAGAAUUAAGAAAAAUCAUUUUUAAAGCUCGCCAAAAUGUUGAAAUGGAAGAAAUAAUGCAGCCAUGGCUACAAACAUUGAAAAACCGUAGUCACCCGGCAGAUAUUUGCACGGCCAUUGCUGAUAGUCUUUACGAUUUGGGCGUUAGUACUGAAGCCGAUGUGAUACCGUCCGUUAAAGUGGCCGUCAAGAUUCAUAACAGCGAAAUUCUGAAAGACGCUUUCGCUUUGGCUCUACUAAAUAGGUGCAAGACGGACUAUGUUAAUAGAAACAAGCUAAUCGAAGAAGAUCAAUGGAUGCAGCUAAAUAUCAACCUUUGGUUUAUUUGCAACAUGUACCAAAACUGUAAAAAUCUGCAAACCGGCAAAACUAUGUCGGUAUUGUAUGUGGCCAUUGUCGAUUACCUGAUAAAUAUCAUGGAGAAUUUGCAAAAGCUGGAUACUGUUAGAGAUGUAUUAUUGUUUGCCUUGCCAGCCCUAAAGGAAGAUGAGAAAGCGUCCAAACGUACCCCAGGUUUAACCGACGUUUUUAAUAUGGCAAGAGAACUUCUGAAAGAUUCAUCUAUAGCAGAUGACGUUAAAGCCAUCUUGACGGACAUAGCGGAGAUGAACAACAAUGCGGAGUCCGACGCAAAUGACACCAAUCCACAAAAUCAUGAUAGCAAAGAUCAGGAAACUGCGUCGUUAUACGAGUAUUUGCAUUAUUCUUUGGAUGAAUUGAGUGCCUUCCCGGGCGAUGUAGCUACGGUGACAGAAUCAAUUAUUGCAGAGUUAAAACCUUGGUCGGAAGAUGAAAAUGUUAUAUCUGAAACUGCCUCAUUAAUUUUUAACAAAGCAGUAGCCGAUAGUAAUUUCCGCUAUACGGCUGCUCUGUUAUGUAAAAGUAUUCACGAAUCAUCGGUAUUUAAGGACGAUAAAUUUAGAUACCAUUUGCUAAAGGAAUGCCAAAAACUAUUCCAAAGCAAGGAGAAAUUCGAGAAACAAGUAAUGUUUGGAGGAGCGCUUUUUACAGCUGAAAUUUACUUAAAUUUUAAAUCUGGUAACAAGCCUCUUUUAAAUCUACAUGAUGCACUGCUUUCUUACAUGGAAGUACUAUUGUUAAAUACAGACAAAGAUUAUGUGAAGUGUAUUACGUCUUUGUUAAAGUUGGUAGGUAGCAGUAUGGAUCAAUUUGAAAAGGAAGAAGGAAAAGAUUUAAGUUUAAAUAAAAUUUUUGAACGUCUCCAGGAGAUUGCUGAAAACACGAGCGCUCAAAGUAUCAAAGAUAUAAUCUCAAAUGUAGUUAAAAUACGAGCAUCGAAUUGGGGGUUGGCGCCUAAACCGACAUUAAAUCCCAAUGCCGCAGUCUUCCGUCCAACUGAUAAAAAGUCAGAUAAUAAUUCUGCUAGUUCUAAUGAAACUGGAAAAAAAUUCAAUCCCAAUGCUACAGAAUUCUAUCCGUCAUACAAGACCAACCCUAAAGAUAGCACUGAACAGGAACAACCUGUGAGAGAUCUAGAAACUUGGAAUGAGUACGUUGGCGAUGAUGACGAUUUCAAUGCUGAACAAAUACACGAACAAGAAAAUGUGUUUCAGUACUUCGAGGAAGAGAUGAUUGAUGACGAUAUGGAACAAGAAUAUGAAAAGUUUCUAGCGAAUGAAUAUUAA